AUGGCGAAGCUCUCAGUCAAGAAUAACCUGCCACGGCCGCACUUGGUCUCCUUGUCGUCGUCAACGACAGGCUCUGGGUCUAGGCCAGCUUCUGCUAAGCACGGAAGUGCCAGUUCCAGUACCUUUGAUCAACAACAACAAUAUCAACAACAAAAGCGCCAGCGGUCGCAAUCAGAAGCACGACAACAGCAGCAGCAACAGCAACAGCAACAACAACAACAACAACAACAACAACAACAACAACAACAACAACAACAACAACAACAACAACAACAACAACAACAACAACAACAACAACAACAACAACAACAACAACAACAACAACAACAACAACAACAACAACAACAACAACAACAACAACAACAACAACAACAACAACAACAACAACAACAACAACAAGCACAGCAACAUGCACGCACUACAUAUGCACAAAGACCCCAACCCACACCCCAACAACGACCUCCCCAAAACCUACUGACACCUGCUUCAACCACCGGUGCCAGCGUCGGCCCGCUCCAACGCGCAUACUCGGUUUCAUUAGCUGCGAGACAAUCCCCCUCGACAAACUUGAUCCGUCCAAAGACCGACUCGCCAGCUCCCCACACUUUACACCUCAAAAACAAGAAGAACCUCCGUCACCCCGCCCCCACGCCCGACAGUCCAAUCGUAGACGACGAUAUCUUUUCCGACGCCGUCGAUCUUACUGAAGAACUCGAUCAUGACCACGAUCUGAACGGCAAAGACAAAGAGCACACCGACAAUGACAAUACAGUCGCUUCGAGUUCGCUAAUAGGGUUCGGCGAUGACAAGUUACUGUGGCGGGAGGACUUUGCUGAGCGUGCAGACCCCGAUGCUGAAAGAGGUGGGAGCAGGCCUCGCCAGGUCAAGAAGCGGAAGAUAUCAAAUGACUACAUCAUGAAGGAUGAGGAUGUCUCGCUUUUUGAUGAUGAUGAGGGCGAGGAGGACGACGAGUUUAUGGAUAUUAAUGAGCUGGUUGACGGGGAUCGGCAAAGUACUCCGAAAUCAAAGACUCCAUCCAGGUUUGUGUCAACAAGACUGCCGCCUACAGUAUCGCUGCAACGGGGUCGAUCUCCUAAGAGGAAGGAGGCUUCGAUUGAGAAGCGCACAACAGAGAACCUGCAACAGGCUGCAAGAGAUGACGAACCGUCGUUUCUGUCGAGUCCGGAUGUCGACAACUCUCGCAAGCGAAAGUCCUCUGGAUCGCCAAAAGGUUUAACGACGCCAAGACCCCAGCCGGAGCAAACGGAAGAGGUCCCAGGUACGACCACCGCCAAGAAGCCACGGCGCAGUGAAGUGAUGGACUCGGAGGACGAGGCAUUCACUCCUUUUUCUGCUGGGUCGCUGCCUGGGAGUGCGGAGUUCUUCAGAAGCGGUGGGACCACCACACGGGAAUUGGGUUUGGACGAAGACACGGUUAUGGACACGCCUAGUAGGCCACCGGUCGAGUCCACUUUGCCAACUCUAGAGUCUGUGGAAAGUCGACCACCACCACCGCCGCCCAUGGAUCUCCCAUCACAGCGAAAGCCGCUAGAGCCGUUGAACACUCCGCGCAACCAGCUGCUUGAGUCGGUCGAAAGGCCAACACAGCAGCCGUCGGUUGGUCCAAGUUUUGCACAGAGUAGCACACUCGCCGAAAGCUCCCUGCCGCCGUCAAUGCCGCCACCAAGUGAAGACCCCCUCAACACAAGGGAGAACAGCAACUUCGAGGAUUUUGAUUACAAGCUUCACAAACCCCUGCUAGACCUUUUCGUCAACACACCCGCAAUCUUGGAAAGAGAACUGAGCGCCGUUAAUGACGAGCUUCAGGAGAACAUGAUCAAGCUGCGGGACUGUCUACGACUACCCAGGGAAGAAAGAGACAGGGCACGCGAAGAGGUGAAGAAGGAAAAGGAGAUGCUCAAGCGACGGGACAUUGCGCUCAGAGCCCUCCAGGAAGAACACAAGUUGUACGUCAAGAAACGCAAAGAGCAUGAUUCGAUCAACGAGGAAAUCGUUCGCGCUUAUGCCGAAGAAGACGAUGAGUAUGAGGAUCAGUUGAUGGCGCAGUUGGACAAGCUGGAAGAUGAGAUUGAGGCUAUCGUAAAGAGUCUGACAAGGCAUAUCGUGGCGGCGGGGAUCACGGAGAAGAGCUUUGACCUCAAGAAGGAGGAGGAAGAGGAGGAGAAGCCGAUCAUCAUAGCGACUCCGACGCCUUCGACGAGGACCGAGGCCCCGGUUUUGCCGACGGCCGAGUAUCAUAAUUCCCAGCAGGUCAUAUUGCAGACUCAACAUCCUGCUGCGCAGCAGGUUGCUCACCGGAUGCCACCCCCUCCGACGCCGAGUUUUCAAACGGCGCGCCAGACUCCGGCGUCGUAUCAGAGCAGACCGACCAAUAACUCGUUUCCUGACAUCUCGGCGGAAGAAGCCAUGAUGUUCGACGAAGAAGACCCCUUCAUGGAACAACAGCACGCCCCGGCUUCUGCUCCCUUUCAGGCCACCCUUCCCCAGCGCAACAGCCCUUUCAAAACCGCCUCGUCCAAGCCAGUCCACGGUCACGAUUACUUUGACGAUGAAGACGACGAUGCCGACCUCCUGGCAGCAGUAGACAGCGUCGAGACGUAUACUUCUACGGCCGCCACCACCACCAACAACAACAAUCACUUACGAUCACAAUCGGUGAUGUCGACAUCCACGGCGACCACGAUCAAACCGAGGAAACGCAACGAAAAUGCCAAUACCAAGAAGGCCAAGUCCUUACAUGCCAAGUUGUCGAUGCCGCCCGAAAAGAUGAAGUAUGCGUGGUCGAAUGAUGUGAGGAAGGCGCUCAAGGAUAGGUUUCGGAUGUCGGGGUUCAGACAGAAUCAGCUGGAGGCUAUUAAUGCUACUUUGGGUGGUAAGGACGCCUUUGUGUUGAUGCCGACUGGUGGUGGAAAGUCUCUGUGCUAUCAGUUGCCGGCUGUAGUCAGGAGCGGCAAGACGCGUGGUAUCACAGUCGUCAUCUCCCCUCUGCUAAGUCUGAUGCUGGAUCAAGUCAACCAUUUGGCAAACCUGAUGAUCCAAGCUUACGCUUUCAACGGAGACAUGAACUCAGAAAUGCGCCGAAUGGUGUUUCAAAAGCUUGAUGCUGAGCAUCCUGAGCAUGAGCUCCAACUGCUCUAUGUUACCCCGGAGAUGGUGAGCAAGAACCAGACAUUCGUCAACAAGAUGAUGGACCUCUAUCGGAGGAAAAAGCUGGCUAGAAUUGUUAUCGACGAGGCUCACUGCGUCAGUCAAUGGGGCCAUGACUUCCGACCCGAUUACAAAGCUAUAGGAGAGUUUCGUAAGAGGUUCCCCGGAGUUCCGGUCAUGGCUUUGACAGCGACGGCAACACAGAACGUCAUCUUGGAUGUCAAGCAUAACCUGGCAAUGGAGGACUGCCAGACUUUCUCCCAGAGCUUUAAUCGGCCGAACCUCUACUAUGAGGUCAGGAUGAAGGAGCAGAAUCUGAUUGCCCGCAUCGCAGAGUUGAUCAAGGAGAAGUAUGACGGCCAGACGGGUAUCAUCUACACAUUAUCAAGAAAGAGUGCCGAGAACAUCGCCAAAAAUCUCCAGGAAAAACACCGUAUCAAAGCAAAGCACUACCAUGCCUCCAUCACCACCGACGAAAAGAUCAGCGUUCAACAUGAAUGGCAAACCGGCCAAGUCAAAGUCGUGGUAGCCACCAUUGCCUUCGGCAUGGGCAUCGACAAGCCUGACGUCCGCUUUGUUAUCCACCAGCACAUCCCCAAGUCGCUCGAAGGUUACUAUCAAGAAACCGGCCGCGCCGGACGUGACGGCAAGCCAUCGGACUGCUACUUGUACUUUGCCUAUGGCGACAUUCAAUCCCUACGCCGUAUGAUCGCCGACGGUGAAGGUGACUACGCGCAAAAGGAGCGUCAGCUACAAAUGCUCAACCGUGUGGUCAGUUAUUGCGAGUCGCAGCACACGUGCCGGCGCGAAGAAGUGCUCCGCUACUUUGGCGAGGAGUUUGACUACCGGAAGUGUAGAGACGGAUGCGAUAACUGCCGGAACGGACGCAUCUCGAAGUCGACGGAGAUGAGGGAUUUUACGGAAAUCGCCUUCGCCGCGAUCGAGGUGGUGAAGAGCCAGCAGCCCAUCACGCUGGGCAAGCUGUGCGAUAUCCUGAUGGGCAAGAGAAAGAACGAGCACGGUGGCGUGUGUCACUUUGGUAUCGCCAAGGGGAGCACGCAGAGGGAGCUGCAGAGGAUCGUGCUGCAGCUGAAUUUCCACAAGGCGCUGGGCGAGGACAAUAUCAUGAAUGGGGCGGGGAUGCCUAUUACCUACUAUAUUACCGGCCCUGAAGCUGGUGCUUACCUUUACAAUGGCAAGCGGUUGAUGCUGCCAGUUCCCUCGAACAAGUCCGUCGAACCCCCGUCUCGGUCUAAGCAGCGGAGCCGUCGAGUCGACGAGGACAUGGAUGAGCAAGAACUUCCCACCCUGCAACGACCACCAACAUCUACAAAUGUCUCUUCACCCGUUCGAGCCACCAAGAAACGAAGUUCCAAAAAGGUUUUACCAACCCUUAUUGCCGACUACGAAGAGCCCAGCUCCGACGGUCCUCACGGUCCUCUCCACGCCAACGGCUACGAGCGCGAUAACUUUGUCGUAUCCGAUAAUGUAGAACCCGAGGAGGAAGAAGAUGCCUUCGAACCUGUCCGCCCCUCGCGGCGCGGCCCAUCUUCCCGCGCUACCCGCCCUCAACACCGCCAAACCACCCUCUACGACACCCUUUCCCACACCCAACAAUCCCAAACCCUCUCCCAACACCUCGCCACUUUGGGUCCGCCCAUCGACGCCCGCACCAUGCAAAACCCCCGCUACGCCCAGCUUGACGAGGUCCACCAGGAUAUUGUCGAUGCCUUUGUUGAAGAAGUCAAGGUCUUCGAGGAGGACUUCCGCAACAGAAACCACAUGCGCAAACCCAUCUUUACCGAAACGCAGUAUCGCGAGAUGGCGAUCCGGUGGACGCGCACGUUGGACGCGAUGCGCGCGAUCCCAGAUAUUAACCAGGAUAAAGUAGAUCGGUAUGGUGCCAAAUUCAUCCCCCUUGUGGAGCGGUUCUGGGGGAAUUAUCAGGAGAUGAUGGGGGGAGGGUAUGAUAAUCCUGCUGUGGCUGGCGAUGAGGAUGAUGAUGAGGGCCCUAGGAGGACAGGAAAUGGAAAAGGGGGGAAUAAGAAGGGAGGAGGAGGAGGAAAUGAAGUAGUGGAUUUGAUUAGUAGUGAUGAGGAUGAACCUCCGGCUCGUGCACCAUCGCGGAAUCCGGGCCGAGGAAAGGCACAGUCGACACGCGGGGGACAAACCCAAGAUAAAGGCCGAGCAGUCAACCGCCGCGGAGAACCCAUCGCCGAAGAAGACGAAGAAGACUACGGGCUAAGCGACCCCGAUAUCGACGCCAUCGAUCCAGACGCCAUCGAUCCAGACGCCAUCGAUCCAGACGCCAUCACCGCCUCCGACAACUCCGACGAAGAUGAUGAUGAUGAUGAUGAUGAUGAUGACCUCGAAUCCUCCCGCUACUUCUCCGGCUCAACAGGUCCGCCCGUCUCCAAAGCCGUGCAGGAUGCUCGACUCCGUGAACAACUUUCCAUGUACGCCUCCGGCGGCAGCUCGUCCAAAGGUAGCUCCGGCUCAGGUCGCGCAUCAGGAGGAUCUUCAUCGAGAGCGUCGGGAUCGGGAUGGAGGGGUGGAGGAGCAGGUGGGAAGAAAUAUUACAGGAAGAAGAGGGCUGGUUCUACGGCUGCUGGUGGUGGUGGUGGUGCAGGAGGAGGGGGAGUUACGAAACGGAAGGCGAGUGGGAGUGGCGCGAAGACGGCGAGAAAGAGGGGUGCAUCUACUGCGCCGAAGACAACGACGAGAGGGGGAGGAGCUGGGUCUAGGGGAGGUGGUGCUGGUAGUGCCGGUGGUGCCGGUGGUGGAGGAGGGAAAAGGGGUGGUGGAGGAGGAAUGGGAGGAAUGGGAGGGAUAAGUGUUAUGCCUCAUUAGCAUUUUAUCGCAUAUCGCAUUUAUACAGUGUCUUAUGGAAGGGAGGGGGAGGGGGAGGAAGUUAAGCUUCCGCAAGCUUGAACAGGCCAGACCAAAAUGGCCAAAGAGCUCAGCUCAAGCUUCAUCGGCUGAAAGGGCUAUCGAGCUUGACCCGAAAAUAUAGCGGGAUUACAAGACACUUACUUAUACCUAAAGGUAGUCGAAAGGGACGAGCCAAGU